UCAACAUCCCCAUCCCCGAUCACGAAAACACGGCGACCAUCCUGCUCUUGCUCGAUCAGCUUGGGUGUUCUCGAUCAAAGAAGGACAGCAUGACUCUGCAAUGCACGUUCUGCAAUCAAGACUUCCGCAGGUCCGAGCACCUGGAGCGUCACCUUCUGCGCCACAUCGGAGCCAGGCCCUUCGUCUGUACCACUUGUGGGGCGGACUUUGCGAGAAGAGAUACUCUUCUUCGUCAUGUACGGAGUCAUGCCCAACCGCCUCCCGCACUACCAGGUCCAGGAAGCCGUCACCGCCGUGUCUGCGUUCCAAGGGCUUGUCGCCCCUGCGCUGAGUCCAAGCAGAAGUGCGACGGCCGGGAUCCAUUCCUAAGAUGCGUUGGGAAGCAAAGAACAUGUGUCUAUGUUGCCGAUCAGAGACGCAGUGCUCACCGCCUGGACACGCUUUCGUCUCUAGAUCAUGGGCCCUCACUAUCCGGCCAAUGUGAAGCAAGCCAGGCUAUUGUUAAUCAAGCAUCGGAAACAUCAAAGGCAUUUGAAGAAUCCUGUGAGCCGGCCGCGCCCCAUCCCGUAGCGCCCAAGCAUCCCAAUUCACUGGCCUCGUCUUUCUGUCUCCCAGAUGAAGUUAGUCAUCAACUGGGAAUCUCAGUCCUCGAUGGAUCACCCCUCGGAAAUGGAACAUCGUGGCUUACGGACUGGUAUCCUGAGCUUCCUGUUACCUUGAGCUUCAUGAAUGAAAGCUACAACGCAACUGAAGGCUCUAACGGCACUCGCACUGAGGGGCUCCAGGGUAAUGCAUCCGACCAGAUUGUAUUGGACCCUACCAAUUGGCCGUCAGCACGAGCACCCAGGCCUAUAUUCACCAGCGACCAAGCGCUGGAUAUGAUCAUCACCAAUCAACCUCCUCCUAUAGGACUAUGGCCUUCUCAUCAUCCAACCAUUCAUCACCCCCUGCACCAACAACCUAGCGAUCAGAGUGUCACAGAAGUCACUGAUCAUACCGAUGACGUGAUGGCGAAUGAUAUGACCUGGAAGAUAGAGGACUACCACCAUGUACCAGCCCUAGGUCAACAGACCUACAGCGUCAUGUGCGUUCACUUCGCCACAUUAAACGCAGACAAUGAGUUUCAUCAAGCCUUCACUUACAAGCCCUUCCCAACAUAUGAAACCACAGCGGCGUUUGUCCAAGCAUAUUUCGAGCAUUUCCAGCCACUCUUCCCUAUCAUUCACCAGCCAACGUUCCAUCCUCGCGAAACACCGUGGAUCUUAACGCUCGCUGUGACUGUCAUCGGAAGUCGAUACUCGGCCCUCGGUAUGGAUAGCGCCGCCUUGCAUUUACAUGAGUUUCUGCGCCGGUCAAUAAAUCUCUGGAACGAACGAGGCUUUGCAUCCGAUCCGUCGUCUAAUUUAUGCCUUGCUCAAGCCACCGUCCUCAGUCAAAUUGGGAUGAUGUUUUCUGGUAGCAUGGAGAUGGCUGAGCAUGCGCAGAAGAACAUGUCGCACGUUGCUCUCAUCUGUAAGAAAGCAAGUGAUCCUUCUAGAUAUCGAUCGUACCGCGAUCCCGCAGAUUGUCCGCGCCAAGGUCUAGAAGAAUGGGAGACUUGGGUCUAUGCAGAGAGCUGCAGGCGUCUCGCUUAUCUCUCCUGGCUCGUGGACUGUCAACUUGCCUUGUAUUUCGACCUAUCGCCUACUCUUCCUAUCGAUCUCCUGCAGGUUCCAAUGCCAUCGAGUCAGGCACUUUGGGCGGCGGAAUCGCAGGACUCUUGGCUGUCUGACUUUGCAACAACCCCUGAUCCCUCCGUUUCGUACAGUUUGCGGCAGGCACUGGACGAGCUUUACGUAUCCAGGAAGGUUCCAAACCACUGCACCGAACUUACAAGACUUCUUUUGGCAGUUGGUGUCUAUUUCGACGAACAGCGCGGGCCAGACGCCAGCGUUUAUCUCGAUGUGUUACGCAAGGACGAGGAUGAAAUUACAGGCUCAGACCGGCUCGGCUGGUUAGCCCUCGAACAUAAUCACAUCCUUAGCCUCCUUCUUCCCUUGCCCAUAAGAGAGCUUAUGGCAUUUUCCGGCUGGCGUGUUAACGAGGUAGAACGCAGCGAGGCCGAUCUCAGACUGGCCCGCUGGGUCAGAAAUGAAGGAGCUGGGGCACGGCUGGUCAUCUACCAUGCGGCCAAGGUCUAUAGCUGUAUACGUGAACGCCCAUUUGCUAUCUAUAGCGAGACAAUGGCGUUUCUGACCGCCACGUUGGCCAUCUGGGCCGUAACAAUGUCCGUCAACCGCAGUGCUCAGCCGUCGUGGCCCUCGACAGAAGACCAUUCCUUCGGACAGGGUCGCCUUAAGACCCUCCGUUUCGAUAGGUUUACUGAUCGCUCUACCAUCAUUGACUGGGUUUCUGGGAAAGGGAACGUACGUCCUUACCUUGCUGGUGUUGGAGCGCUCGAAGGCUCGAUGGUCGCACCACUAUUAAUUAGGGAGAGCGUGAGGGUGCUUAGAAAGAAGUUGAGCUGUAUGUUCAGCGACGCUGUAAGCAGGAUACUUCAGUUCCACUUUGAGUCGAGGCACUAUAUUGCUAUGCUUGUGUAAUAGUUAUAUAACUUAAGACAAGGUUAUGUAAUAAGAUAUACCAAAUAUAGUUUCUAAUAUUGUG